AUGUACAUCCCUACCAAAUAUAACGAACAGGACUGGGCCCAGGUGGAGUACCUCAUUCGUCAAUACCCGUUGGCUACUGUGAUCACCAACUCGCCGGAACAAGGCAUAGUGGCCAACCACUUCCCCUUCUACCUCAAGGAGGAGAACGGCAAGAAGGUGUUGCACGCGCACAUCGCCAAAGCCAACCACCAAAGACCAGAUCUCGUGGAUGGCGAGGUGUUGGUGAUCUUCAAGUCCGAGGACACCUACAUCACGCCUUCCUACUACGCCACUAAGGCUGACACCCACAAGGUGGUUCCUACAUGGGAUUUCGCAGCUGCACACAUCAAGGGCAGAUCUAAAGUUAUUGACGAUACACAAUUUGUACACACUCAGUUGAACAACCUCACCAACCAGCAAGAGAAAAACAGAGCCGAGCCCUGGAAGGUGGCUGACGCCCCCGAGAAGUACGUGGCGGCCAUGCAGAAGGCCAUCAUUGGGUUGGAAAUCGAAAUCGACUCGUUUGCAUGCAAAUACAAGUUCGAGCAGGACAAGCCCAUGCACGACGUCGACGGCGUGGUGGCAGGCUUGGCCAAAGACGACAGGCCUCAGGUGUCUGCGCUCGUCAGGGACACCAACCAGCGCAGGGUCGCCAAGUAG